AGGCUUUGAAGAGCUUUAUAGUUUUAUCUAAUAUUAGCUGCUGGCAUCGCUAACUCUUCUCAAGUAGCAGCGCCAGAACUUUAGACCGGCUUCACCCACCGAGACGUGGCGGAGUGUGUGUGUGUGCGUGCGAGUGUGUGUGUGCGUGUGUGUGUGUGUGUGUGUGUGAGUUAACAGCAGAAGGUGGAGGACGUGCCGCAGAACAGAUAAAGUGAAGAUGGCCGAGGAUCACGGCGACUCUGCCAGGAGUAAAAAACAUUUCCUGAAGGACGUGAUUUUUCACGGCAAGUUCCAUCUGCUGAACUCUCUGACUCCAGAUGAGAGCUCAGGAUGUCGACACGGUCUCUACUUCCAGGACGGAGUGCGGCGGGUCGACUACGUCCUCACUUACCAGAUCAAAAAGCCGGGCAGCUCCCGGCGCCACUCGUCCCGCCUCACCGACAACGCCUUCACCCGCAGCCUGCGCCGAACACGAACCCGAGACCCCGAGCACGGGGGCGGAGCCGAUCACCACGACGACGACAAGGUGCUGCGGCGGGAGGAGUUCGAGAGCAACCUGAGGGAGAUGGGUCUGGAGCUGGAGAGGGACGAGGACACUAAGACCCCCGGCGUGGGUUUCGUGAAGAUCCACGCCCCCUGGCACGUCCUGUGUCGAGAAGCCGAAUUCAUGAAGCUCAAAAUGCCAACGAAAAAAGUGUACGAGGUUAAGCAGGGUGGAAACGUGAUGGAGAAAAUUAACAUCUUCAUUAGUAAAUUGACGGAUCCUCUUCACCCCAACGUGGAGGAGCUCCGGGUGGAAAACAUCAAACACCUCUCGUACCCCUUCUCCAGAGAAAAGCUCCACCUGUUUGAUUUGUCUGACAGAGAUUCAUUUUUCGACAGUAAAACCAGAGGUUCAUUAGUGUUUGAGGUUUUGAAGAGAACUAAGUGCACCAAAUCCAAGUUCAUUAUGGGAAUAACGAGUCUGUUGGGGAGCGGUGCGUAUCUGGCUGCAUAUGCACUACAUGAUGGGGAUAUAGAUGGAGAGAAUGUAGAUCCAAAUGACAGGAAGCUGCUGUAUGAACAGUGGGCGAGUUACAGCGUCUUCUAUAAGUACCAGCCCAUCGGCCUGAUCAGGAAGUAUUUUGGGGAGAAGAUCGGCCUGUACUUCGCCUGGUUGGGUGUUUACACUCAGAUGUUGAUCCCUGCGUCUCUGGUGGGGGUCUUUGUGUUCCUGUACGGCUGUGUUACCGUCGACGACGACGUCCCCAGUAUGGAGAUCUGUGAUGGGCGCAGGAACAUCACCAUGUGCCCCCUGUGUGACCGAGUGUGUGGAUUUUGGAACCUGAGUUCGGCCUGUGCUACCGCCCGAGCCAGUCACCUGUUCGACAACCCCGCCACUGUCUUCUUCUCCAUCUUCAUGGCUCUGUGGGCCGCCUUCUUCAUGGAGCACUGGAAGCGGAGGCAGAUGCGUCUGAACUAUGAAUGGGACCUGACAGGAUUUGAGGAGGAGGAGGAUCACCCCCGGGCCGAGUACGAGUUCAGAGUGAUGCAGAAGUCCCUGAAGAAGGAGCAGAACAAGUCCAAAAAGAGUGAGAAGGAGAAGCUGACGUGUAAAGAUCGAUGCCCAGCGUACAUCACCAAUAUCGUCAUGAUGCUCUUAAUGUUCGGCGUGACGAUUGCCAUCGUGUUCGGCGUGAUUCUGUACCGGAUCUCCACCAAAGCCGCCCUGCACAUGAGCUCCAACCCCACCACCCGCUCCAACGUCCAAAUCACCGUCAAAGCCACGGCGGCCAUCAUCAACCUGGUGGUCAUCCUGAUCCUGGACGAGGUGUACGGAGCCGUAGCACGCUGGCUAACGACGCUAGAGGUUCCCAAAACAGACAAAAGCUUUGAGGAGCGCCUGAUCUUCAAAACCUUCAUCCUGAAGUUCGUUAACGCCUUCACUCCCAUCAUCUACAUCGCCUUCUUCAGAGGGAGGAUCGUGGGUCGUCCUGGCAGCUACAUCUACAUGUUUCAGUCGUACCGUAUGGAGGAGUGUGCUCUGGGUGGAUGUUUGAUGGAGCUCUGUAUUCAGCUCAGUAUCACCAUGUUGGGGAAGCAGCUCAUCCAGAACAACCUGUUCGAGAUCGGAAUACCUAAACUGAAGAAGCUGAUCCGCUACAUUAAGUCGAAGCGCACUGCGUUCCAGGAGGAGGAGAACGAGAAAAUCCUGCAGAGAUACGAGACGGAUUUCUUCCUGGAACCGUUCUCAGGUCUCACCCCGGAGUACAUGGAGAUGAUUAUCCAGUUCGGAUUCGUGACGCUCUUCGUGGCGUCGUUUCCUCUGGCACCGCUCUUCGCUCUGCUCAACAACAUCAUCGAAAUCCGUCUGGAUGCCAAGAAGUUUGUGGCCGAGCUCAGGAGACCCGUGGCGGCGCGAGCUAAAGACAUCGGAAUCUGGUACAACAUUUUGAGAGGAGUGGCCAAACUCGCCGUCAUCGUAAAUGCGUUUGUGAUCUCGUUCACGUCAGAUUUCAUCCCUCGGUUGGUGUAUCAGUACAUGUACAGCUCUGAUGGAUCCAUGCACGGCUUCGUGAACCACACGCUCUCCUACUUCAACGUCAGUCACUUCCAGAACGGCACCGGGCCGCUCGAGCCGCUUCACAUCGGCCUCCAGGUGGAGAUGUGCAGGUAUAAAGAUUACAGAGAUCCUCCCUGGUCAGCAUCACAGUACCAAGUGUCCAAAGAAUUCUGGGCUGUUUUAGCUGCCAGACUCGCCUUCGUCAUCGUAUUUCAGAACGUGGUGAUGCUGAUGAGCGACAUCGUGGACUGGAUGAUCCCGGACAUCCCGAAAGACAUCAGCGUCCAGAUCCAUAAAGAGAAGAUCCUGAUGGUGGAUCUGUUCAUGAAGGAGGAGCGAGGAAAGCACAUGUCCUUCACCGACGACAAGGAGAACAACUCCAAACAUAACCCCGCCCUCCGGCCACGCCCGCUCACACACACCCAGAGCAACUGUUACUAACGUCCAGCCGUGUGUGUGUGUGUGUGUGUGUGUGUGUGAGUACACUCAUCAUGACAUUCCACAGACUGAUCUCACAGGUCGAGCUUUAACCUCCACAUGAUUUUGUCAUUUAUAUAAACGGUACCAGUAGCGCCCCCUGGUGCACACUAACCGUAGGGCACCAGAUUCCUUGGGACCGGGGUUCGAACCUCGCCUACAGUCACUCUCUCUGAGGUGGUUUUACUUUCCUCUUUAAAACAUGCCUGUCUAGGCUGCCUAGUGUAGACGGGUAGCACCAGAGCCACCGCAACCCUGAUCAGGAGAAAGCACUUAGUGCUUAUGUAUAUAUAAACGACUGUUAACAAACCUUUAGCCAAUCGGAUUCGUCGCAGUGAUCACAUGAUCUUCUGUUUAAACAGCAGAUUUAAAGCUUAUCGUCCAGAUGAAUAUUUUAGGGACAGAAAUGUUUUUAUACGUUUUUAUUUUCUUUUAUAAAUAGAAUUAAACUUUGAUAUGAAUGACAAACUCCUGUGAGGGGCCGAAGUGAAGCCGAACUCCAGCCCACGCUGCCUUCCGUCCUAUUUUUACUUCAUUACAGAUCAGCAGAUCCAGCGACACUGUGACGGACCACGAACGCUCAGCUCUCGUCAUUUCUGUUGUUCGACUUUUACUAGAGUAAAAAAUCUGAUUAAUUUUAGUGUAGCUCCGCGACGUGUCCACUAGCGAAAUGUUCCGCUUCGUUUUAAAGUAACAGCGUUCAAACGUUCAGCUUCUGUCACUCAUUUAUUUACGUUCUUUACUUUAUUUAUUUUUAUUUUUACCUCCACCCUGAUGGUACUGAGGGUGUCGUCACUCUUACCGCAUUGCUCCAGGUACAGUACAGUGUAUAAAAGCUAUUUUUUAGCCCGGGUGUGGUCCGUGUACCAGACAGGGGUGUGGGCUUCAGAGACACCCGAGACCAGGCGUCCAGUAAAAUAAAAGUAAGUGAUGCACGUGGUGCAAAUCGGUACUAAAAUACAGAAUUAAUUAUUUAUUGCGACAACAAUAACAGGCGGUGUGUUUAUUUAUUAUAUUUAAUUCAGGAGGCACCCAGGUGGCAAAGCAGGAUAUUCUGCAAGCACACCUUGCUUUGAAUUUCGGCUCUGCCAUCUAGCGGGUAUAAUUUACUCCAUUUGGCUAAAGUGUCUGCUAGGGCGGGAUGACCGGAUUAUGACUACGCUGUGUAAGGACCCUGAUUAGCAGAUAGAGGGGCGAAAAGAAGGGUUUCGGUAGGACUGCACAUGAAUUGGAGGAGGCGUGAGCAGCAAUAUACCCUCCAUCACUGCAAUCAGGGAUCCACCAGCAGCGGAAGACAAACUGACUACACUAAACCGAGUGUAAAAAUGGGGAAAAUGCAGAAAUAAAUAGAAAAAAUGAAUAAAUAAAGGCAGUAUAAAUAAUAAAUAUGAUGUAUUUUCUGCAUGAUGUGAUGAAUGUUCGUCCAGUCAGACGUUAGUGCCGUUUUACACGAAACACUCCUGCCAACCAGCCGAAACCGAUUCCAGAUCCAGACUCAGUUACUCUCAGCUUUUAUCAUCUUUUCUUUCCUUUAUAAAAGAUGUAUGUUUACAUUUUAUUGCUGUCUACCGCACCUGAGACAAUAGAAAGAUUCACCACGAUUAGCACGUUUCCUCCCGCGCUCGCCUUUCUGAAGAACGUAGACGUACACUCGAGCUCUUUUAUAGUUUCUUAUGUACAGCAGCGUAUUGUAACCUAGAGCCAUUUAUUCUUAUUAUUCUGUAAUUAUCAUCGAAUAUUCGACACGAAUGUUAAUAAAAUAUUAAUAUAAAAUAUC